AUGCUGUCCAAACUUCUUGUUGCUGCCAUGGGUAGCGUCUUGGUUCAGAGCGCUGCAGUGCACGCAGCGUCAAGCAUAAGCUAUCUCUUCACCUUUGGCGACUCAUACUCACAGACAGGAUUCGACCCCAACGGCGCAAAGCCCUCUGCCGCAAACCCACUCGGCAAUCCCCCAUUCCCCGGAUGGACAGCAGCCGGCGGAGCAAACUGGGUUGGCGACAUUGUCAAAGAACAAAACAACUCGCUCGUUCUGUCAUACAACUUUGCGUAUGGAGGCGCUACAGUCGAUGCUAAUAUCGUCAAGCCCUAUGCUAGCACUGUCUUAAGCUUUGUCGACCAGGUCAACCAGUUCUCCAACUCUGUUGGCAAGCAUCCAGCUGGGACCUCAUGGACAGCGCAGAAUACUAUUGCAGGAGUUUGGAUCGGCGUUAAUGACGUUGGAAACUCUUUCUAUCUGCAAGAUUCAGAUGCAGUGGUUGAGAAGGCUACUACGAGAUACUUUGAGUUGCUGCAGGUUCUAUACAAGGCUGGCCUCCGUAAAUUCGUCCUGCUCAGCGUUCCACCAACCGAGUUGACACCACUGAUGAUCCAACAAGGCGCCGACUCAAACGCUCUUCUCGUUAAGGCAAUUGAGCUCUACAACAGCAAGUUGGCCUUAAAGCUCAGUGCUUUCAAGAAAGCCAACUCUGGUGUCAAGACGCUUCUCGUUGAUACAUCUGUUUCCUUCAAGAAGGCCAUCAACAACCCCAAGGUCUACGGCGCUCCUGAUGCGACUUGCUACAACAGCGAUGGGAAGUCAUGCCUAUGGUUCAAUGACUAUCACCCUGGAAUUGCUAUCAACCAGCUGGUGGCUGAACAGGUAGCGAAUGAACUCAAGUCUAAUGGCUUCGGAUGGUAA